CACAGUAGACACCCAGCUGAACUCAGGGUGGUGGAGACUUUAAAGGAUUUCCUGAUGCUUUCCAUGCUUUUGUCUACUGCAAGUGGGAAUAUUGGAACUUUUUUAAAUUUUUUUUAAUGUUCUUGGUUUCUUUUUCCUUGUUUUCUGUUCUCUUCUCCACUGUAGGAAAUGUUGAGUCUUUGACGAUCGCUGGAAAACGCAGCCAAAUUUCAAGAAAGUGAUAAAAGUUCCUGUCACUGUCUUUUAUUGCAGAUGCUUUUAGGAAGGACUGAGAUGCCACAAAACUGAAGGUGUGAACCAGACUCCUGGAUCAAAGCAAGAUUUUACAACCCACAACGAGUGUGUGGCGGUCGGGCAUCUGCAGGCUCGCGAUGACUGGACCAGAGUCAGAGUCCUUUGUGACCCGCAGAUGGCUGGACGUCCCGAUGAAGGAGCUGAAACAGACCGGAGAGGUGAAGACGUAUGAGAUGACAGGAGGAGGAGAACAGAGAGUCGGUGUUUUGCUCGACAAGCGUGACGGGUCGAGUGUCUGAAUGGAGCCUCUGGGCGACCGUUGUUUGCCUCUGUGCUGCCGGCUCCAGAAGACAGACAGCAGUGGGCGAGUGUUCAAAUGUGCCUCUUCAAUCUAUAUGUGUGGAGGUUUGGAGAGUUGGAUAAGAAAAAAAUAAACCCCCCUAGCUGGAAGAUUCCUCUGCCAGUGAUAUGCAACCAGUGUGCGUCCCAGCAGGACCUACUGGGAGACACACAGUUUGAUCUUAUUGGUCAGCUGCAGCCCUGUGCCGUCUAUAUAAAACGCAUGAGAGCGGCUCCGGAGCGCAGACCGUGUGAGGGCGCAGAGCGGUGCCGCGGAGCGCGCAGGCGAGGAGGAGACACCUGUUACCGCCCGAGCGAGUGGACGAAGAGGAAGAGGAGCGUGUGCUUUGACACAGAGCUACACACCUGACUGCAUUUACUCCGCAAGCCCACACAUCCCGCUGUCCGGUGGGACCAUGUGGGUUCUGGAUAAGAUCCGCGGGUCGGUGGAGACCGGCGUGCUGCGUCAGGGCGAGAACGGGGACAAGAAAGGCGUCACCGCGUCCUACAGCAACGUCCUCACCCCCGACAAGAUUCCAGACUUUUUCAUCCCCCCGAAGCUGGUCCCUCCGGAGCCUGAGGUUCCCAACGUGAAGCCCAAAGAAUCCCUGCAGCCGUCGACCUCAGAGCAAACCAUCAGCAGCGGAAGGAAGAUCAGCAGCCCGAGAAGUCCCGGUCUGGUGGCCAAGAUCGCAGGAGACACCAAGAACCUCCUGAGAGCAGCUAACCGUCACAUCAUACAGAUAGAGAGCGCUGAUGAUGUGGUGGCUGGAGACACCAAUGCAGACCCCCAGUCGCAGACGGCCAUGUCCCUGCCUUACGUCCCCAAGACUCAGACGCCGUAUGGCUUUGCAACCUUGAAGGAAAGCCCCCACACUCGCCGCAAAGAGUCCCUUUUCCACUGCGAGCAUACCAGCCCCAUCACCUCCCCGAACACUCAGCGGAGAGGCAAAAGCAGUGAUGGCGGAAACCAUCUGAAUCCAGGCGACUACAACACCUCUCACAUUAAUCCUUAUCGAUACUUCAGCGGCGGGGAGAGCGACACCUGCUCCUCCGCUGAGUCCUCCCCCUUCAGCUCCCCUCUGCUCUCCCGCUCCGCCUCCCUGCUCAAGAUCUUCACCCACGAGACGCAGGCCAAAGUCGUGAAAGCCAAGCGGUCGUUCGCCCGCCACAGCUCCCUCUCCACCGACGAGUGCAGCUCGGCCGAGCCCAGCCCCAACGUCCAGCGACGGCUGCACGUCCCCUCCUUGCACGGUGGUGCUGGGGGGUCAGACCACGGGCUCCACCGGGAGCACACUGUCACCCUGCACAAAGGCGGGUCGGUGAGGAUCAGCGCCAACUACGACUCCAGCACCUCGCGCCUGCUCAUCCGAGUCCUGACGGCGGAGAGUCUUUACGACAAGCACGUCGACAUCAAGAGCAUCAACUGCUGCGUGUCGGUCUACCUGAACCCGGGCAAGGUGCAGAAGCAAAGGAGCAACAUCAUCAAGAACAGCCGCAACCCGGUCUUCAACGAAGACUUCUUCUUUGACUCGAUCAGCUCGGUUCAGGUGAAGAACCUCUCGGUCAAGUUCAAGGUGGUGAAUAAAGGCACCAGCCUCAAGAGGGACACACUGCUGGGAGAGCGAGAGGUGCUUCUGACCAAGCUGCUCUCAGGGAUUUAAAGAAAAGGACCUGAUUGAAACUUAGGUUUGACAUUUGCACUCUCCACAGAAGGCUCUUUUUAAUCCAAUACAUGAAAACAGUGAACGUUGUGAUGAAGGAAAGAAAACCACCAAGCUCAGAAUGUGAGUGUCUUGUUGUAGGUGGACAGAUGAAGGAUUUAUGAUGGAAACUUUCCUGGUUCCUUUUCCCAAUAAUGACUUCUCAUUAAACCAACAGCAACAGAUGAAUUCAACAGAUGAAAGGGGUUUUUUUUUCUCUUUUUUUUUUUUGCGGACAUUUCUCCCAGCCAACUUCCUCAGCCAGGCCUGGUUCAAAGGUUGGGCGACACCUGUGCAUCAAUCUGUCCUGGCGUCCUCAUCUGCACUGCGUCGGUCCUGGUGUGGUUUUAUUAUUGUAAUGUGACAUAAAUCCACAGCAGGAUGUGAUCCUACUUUAGCCACGCCGUGUGCUCAGCACAAAGAUGCUUUUGUGAAUCUGUGCGCACUUUGAAGUGGCACUACAUCCUGAUGUGCAAAUGACCCUUUGAUCCCAGUUGCCAUGGCCUGCCUCCUACGGGGCACAGCGAGGGACAAACAGAGCAGCCACAAUGGACACAUUUACAUGCACAUCAAAAAUGGAAUCAUAAUGCGAUUAGUGAUGCAAGUAAGAUAAAGUCCUGUGACUGCGUAAUCAGAUUCUGUUGGUGUCAUUACGCUCUGACUAGGAGAAAGUAAAACCCCAUUAAUGUUCAUGUGCUGCACAAAUCUUUUUGUUUGUGAUUUAAAUUGAAGGUGCCCUGUGCAGUUUUAAACUAAAAGAAAAUUGUUGACUUUUACGAAAUGCAUUGUGUCACAAAUGUGUUGGAUACAUGCCUCCUGAAGGUGCAAUAUAUAAGAUUUUUAGAUGAAACUAUACAACAAUUAAUGAAAUUUCUUUAAGUAUGAGACAAUAACAGUUCUGACAUAAGGAUAUCUACGUAGCUCCCAAUCUGUACCACCGCAUGCACGGCUAACUGAGCUAACUAGCUAACAGCAGUUAGUGGUUACCCUGGCGAUAUGCUGCCCCCGUUUAUUUGGAGUGUAAAUUUGUGGUCAAAAUGUGGCCAAUUCUUACACAUUGCAUCUUUAAAUGGUUUUUCGCCUCUUUUUCAUUGUCACAAGCACCUUAGCCGUUGGUGUCACACGCUAUAAAGCGAAAAAAUUAUCAAUUAUCAUCAAGUAAUAUUGUAAUAGUAAUAUCGAUAUCGCUGCUAUAAUCGCGACUAAUCUGAGGCUGUCUGAAAUCGCGACAGCCCCGAUGAUGCAAACAAAAUGGAGAUCCCCUCUUAUUUUCAGCGCUCUGUAGUGCUCCCAGUAGUCAACAACUCCACAGGGGCGCCUUUACGUCAGCUGUGCAAUAAGAAUGUUUCCAGUGUAAAUCAAUUUGUUAACCAAGUUUAGUUUCUAUUAUAAAAAAUGUGUUAAAACUCGCUUCAUUUUCCCCCUGUAUAUAUUUAGAUACAUCACUUUAUGCAGUGUGGGGUCUGCAUGAAACCCAACUCACAGUUAAUGAAUGUGAAGCUACAAGGGAGAAAUGUUGUUGCAGGAUAUAUGAGAAAAUCCUUCGUAUAUUUGGUAUGUACUUUAUUUCCAUCUAGUUGGUGGGAACUCUUUUAGUGGAUGUCACAGCUGCAGCCUGUCACGCAUGCCUCCUCCGGUGUGAGCACCUUGAUUAAAUCUCGUGCAACUAGGCAACGGGCUCUUGCCAAAUAGGCUCACCAACAUCGUCACUCUGUAUUCAUGCUGGUUGCCGAUACCUGUGUGUUAUUCUGCACAGACUCUCGACACCAAGAACUCAGGAGCAGAGAGAGAGAGAGAAAAGCUCAGAGUUUUUUAGUUCGGUCACGUCAAAGGACAUUUAACAUUUCUUUUCGGUCCAUUUUCCACUUUCCAAAAUGUCAGACCACCAAGAUGCUUCAGGCAAACGUGUCAAAUUCGUCCCUCUGACAUCUUUUUUUCUGAAGCAGCACCUGAUGGAUAACAUUUUGCAGAUCGUUUGAGCAACAGUGGCAGUGACUCACUUCUCUCUUAAGUGCUUUUUGAUUGAUUUUGAUGAUAUUUUUGAUCGCUGGACCGCAAAUAAUGUUAUUGAAAUAAUCCAAUUAACACAUUACACAGUGACAUUAUAGUCAUGGAAAAAAAAAACAAAAAAGAAAAAAAAAUGAAUUUAAUCGUUUAUGCAACCAGGCUGUUGCCUCAGUCACGCUGUCGGCUGCUGACAAAUACACUAACUUGUGUGCAUGUAAAUGUAAUUAAAUGUCUAACAAGAACUGGGCGCCGGUGUCACGGCCGCAUGGCAUCCAUCUGUCACAGACGGACUGGCGUUUGCAUGUCGCGCUCAAAGUUUAACGAAACCCUAAAGCCUUACUACUUACAUGUGUGCGAGGGAACGAGAGUGUGUUUUGUGAGCAUGACGAGUUGUUAAUUUCUAUGUACACAUUAUAAUAUUUUGUAAAAAAUGCUCUUUGGAUGGCGUGGACUCUAAAAGUGCAUUGAAUUUGUAUUCUGUAUAACUACACAUGUACAAGUUUCUACAAAUGUCGGGGGGAAAUGCCAAUUAUGCACCAACGAGUGAGAAGUGCCGAUGAGAGGCAUUUUGAUUAUGUUUGUUAGUGAAGAAGAAGACGGGGGAGGAAAAAAAAGGAAAACAUUUCAAGGGUUUGACUUGAACAGCAGCCCCACUUUCUUCUUCUCUGCCGUCCAAGAAUGAGAAAGAAAUCGCGCGGGGCCUCAGCCACGAGUGCUCGGCAGAGGAGAGCAGCCGCGUACGGAAAAAGAGGAAGUCAAAGACAUCAGAGUGAUGCAAAUUACUGAAGUUCCUCACGCACCGCCCCACUGCUUUGCUCUAAUUCUGUGAGGAUUUACUCCCACUCGGUGUUUGUAGCUGACUUGUAGCACUGUUAUUGAUAUGCUCUAUAUUCUUUAUAUACAGUGACUCUGCUGGUUGUGGAAGUCGGUGAUCUGUCGUUCUCCCCGUUGCAUACCCGUGUGCAAACAUACAGUGCCUGCUCGUGGACUUGUUGUAAUUUCUACUCAAUCUUCCUGAAUUGUACUCAACCAUGUUGUUGCCAGAACUACUCUGAGGUUUCCUCUAGCAUGACUUAACACACGUUCGGUAUCGUCAGUACUAAAUUUCAGUGGGAUUCUAUUGUCUUGUGGUGAGUCGCCCUGUGCUUUGAGUCUAGAUGAGGAUUUCAAAUCAGUGUUUAUAACUGCGCACUAAUAUGGGUGCAACUUGUUCAAUCGAGUCCAAUUUUUUUUUUUGAUAACUAAUUGCUUUGACUGUCGUAAUGUGGCUUAUGAUUUAAUACAACUGAGAUGCAGGGAGAAAAAAAAAACAAUAAAGAGUUGGCUGACUACUUCUGUCCACCGGUUUCAUAAUCUUGCAGGCGGUGAAAGGUUUUGCCGCAUGUCUGAAAAGUACAACCUAAUCAGCAAACAUAUCUGAAGAAAUGUCUAUCGUGGCUGUAAGAGGUUUUUUUUUUUCUAGCUUUUAAUUUGAUGGAAGGGAAAAUGGUUGCAGUGUUUCAGCAAAGCCAAAGACAGAAAUGUAGCUUUACAUUUCACAUUUAGCAACAUAACCAGCACAAAGUUGCAUCAGGUUUGUGCUCACGUUGAAGCUUGUGUCGUGGUUUUUGGGUCGAGCUGGAGGCUUUCCUCAUGUCUCUGACAGACAUAAAUUGGACAAAGCCAAGAGUUGAGUUAAGUCCUGGUAAGCCCACCUGAAAAUAAAUGCAGCGCCUUGCGGUUUGUUUAAUGAAUCUCUAUACAAACUUAUUUUUGCAAAAAUGUUGAUGAUAUUUGUUAAAUGAGAUGCUCUCCUCUGUGGAAUUAGUCAUUAGCCUUGCUGGCAAAUGGUCUCAAAAUUGGUGUAUGGAUUUAAAAGAGAGAUAAGUUAAGUGUGUUUGUUAAUAACGCAAAAAAGGUUCAUCCUCUUCUCAACCUCAGCUCUACUUUCAUCAGACGGAACAACUUCAGGACCAGACUCGGCAUGUUUUGUUCCCAAUCCCAACGCACAGGCCUAUUGAAGUUUUGAGAAACAUGCUUGUGAGAGAAUUGAAGCCACUGCCCAGAGUUGGUCAGCAUAGCUUAUUGUAACUAUGAGUAAAAGGAGGGAAACUAGCCUCACUCUAUUUGGUGAUUUGUUUUCAUUAGAGAGAAAGAGGAGAGAAUCGAUGCUGCUUUCACAUCGAUUCGCUUAGAUGUGAGCUAAUGACAGGAGGUGAUUAGCUUAGCUUAGCUUAGCUUAAUGUAAAACAGGAGGGAAACAGCAAUCCUGUGCUAUUCCUUCAUUUGCUUUUUCAUGAAAUGGUUCGACAAUUUAAGAAAUCCACUUUUUGGCUGUCUUGUCAAAAGUAAGAGGAGAGAACUGGUGCAACUUCCAUCUUGCAUCUGUUAUGUGCGAUUUGAGCUGGUGCCCGGCAGUGAUUAGCUUAGCGCAGAGUGAAGAUGGAGGUAUUAAAAGUUAAUCCAAAAUAGGCAACUAUGCCCAACUGCACCUAAUAUUUCCCCUUGUGUUUGUUUCUGAAAAGGCAAAAGUGACAAGUUGUCAUUUUAUGGAGAGUUAAACGCUGUAACUAUUGGUGACAAUGGCAGAAUUGUAGACAGGUGGACAUUUUGACCGCCAACAUAAUGAUGAUGCACCCUCAGAGCACCAUGUGUACCCUAAAUGUUAUGACACUUCAUUCAGUAGUUAUCAAGAUUCACUCUGGACCAAAGAGGUGAACCAACCAAAAACAGACAUCGCCAUCCUCGCAGUCUCAAUAAAUGUGCGGUUAAACACAAAGUUGGCUAUUUUAAAUGGAUAUCUGACCCACUGAGAAAUUACCAGAAUUAACUUCCCCAUUAUCCAGCCUGUUAUUGUGGAGGAAAUCGCUCCUUAUAUCUCCGCUCUCAAUAGCUGUUUAAUUAGGUAGCCGGUGGAGAGGCUUGACUGAUAGCAUUUAAAAUGAGGAUCGAGGGCAGCGUCAGUGCCUGUGUGUGUGUGUGUGAGAGAGAGACUUGGUCGUUUGGAUGUUGUAUUUCAUCAGUGGUCACCUUUAAUUCCUUCCUUAGGCGUUUUAAUAGAGCGUAAUCUGUGUCUCUCAAGUCUUCCUGUCUUGACAGGUUCUUUCUGAAAAUGGAAACUGAAAAAUCGCCCGUCCAUUACUUGACACUGAAGUCUUUGAAUUUGUUGCUACACUUAGAGAUUAUAAACAAAAAAUGGAAGCUGGUGUCCAUGUGCUGUUGCUGUUCUUGCUGUGUGUCUGGCCUAUGAAGGUACUUUCUUACUGUAAUGCUACAACCACUGACAUCUGUGAUCUGUUACUUACUGUGUUAAUGGGUGUUGAAAUACUUUAAUUAAAGGAGAAAGUUCCGAAACA